UCUCUGCGCUGCCGGCGGAAGUGUGGCUGUGAGUGCGAUCGGGGCUACUUGCCUCAGGUCCGAAGCCGAAAUGCUGUUGGGUGCCUGACAGUAAACGAUGGGCCGGCUGCUGUCUCUGGCCCACAGAGUCGCCUUGACCGCUGUGCGCUGCAGCCAGGGCUGUUGUGGGCUCGGGAUGUUCUAUGCAGUGAGGAGAGGCCGCAAGACCGGGGUCUUUCUGACCUGGAAUGAGUGCAGAGCACAAGUGGACCGGUUUCCUGCUGCCAGAUUUAAGAAGUUUGCUACAGAAGAUGAGGCCUGGGCCUUUGUUAGGAACUCUGCAAGCCCAGAUGGUUCAGAAGGGCAGAAGAAUAAACAUGUACAAGAAUCACAAACGAAAACCAGCAAGCGACCCCGUGAGCCCCUGGAUAAAGAUGAAGAGGACAGUGCAGAGCCAUGUGCAAAGCACCUGAGACAGGGUGCAGAGUCGGCUCCUUCAGUCAGCAAAGACGCAUUUUCUUAUAUGGGAGACUCUGUUGUCGUGUACACUGACGGCUGCUGCUCCAGUAACGGGCGGAGGAGGGCACGAGCAGGCAUCGGAGUCUACUGGGGCCCAGGCCAUCCUUUAAAUGUAGGCAUUAGACUUCCUGGGCGCCAGACAAACCAAAGAGCAGAGAUUCAUGCAGCCUGCAAAGCUAUUGAACAAGCAAAGGCUCAAAACAUCAACAAGUUGGUUUUAUAUACAGACAGUAUGUUCACUAUAAAUGGUAUAACCAACUGGGUUCAAGGCUGGAAGAAGAACGGCUGGAGGACAAGCACAGGGAAAGAGGUGAUCAACAAAGAGGACUUCAUGGCCCUGGAGAAGCUCACCCAGGACAUGAACAUUCAGUGGAUGCAUAUUCCUGGUCACUCGGGAUUUAGAGGCAAUGAAGAAGCUGAUAGGUUAGCAAGAGAAGGAGCUAAGCAGUCUGCAGAUUGAGUAAAAUGACUUUAGGACCCGAGGAGACUGAACCCAGUGGCUGUGUCAAUACUUUUACUUGCUGGUGUGGAAGAGAAGACUGCAGGCUGGACCAUUGUAGCAGGUCUGCAGACCUGGCUGUCACACUGACUCGGGUGGCAGGGUGGCUUUCUGUGAUAGGAAGUGGUCACAUGUAUGAUAAAUUAAACAUCUUUGAGAUUUGAGACCUGUGUGAAUUCUCAGCAUUAUGCUUAAAUUUGGCUUGAUACUGUUCCUGUUUUAUUGCAGUCUGGCCCCAAAUGCCACAGCUUUGAUUUUGAUUAGGAACUAAUAAAACAUUGUCAUUAAAAGAUGCA